CGAUCCAAUUAGUGAAUGAAUUAUUCAGGGCAGUUCACUUUGGAAAAAGGGGUUAUUUGGGAAUUUAAUGUUGGGAGUUUUUUUUUUUUUGGGCAUUUCCCUCCGGCAGUGUGGCUCUAUUUUUCUGUAUCCUCCUCCGCAAUCGAGCCGGCUGCGACCGCUGCACCCUCCGGCUGUGUGCCGUUUUUCGUCUCUGAGAUUUGGACGUAUUCCUUCCUCAAUUCGCAGCAAGCAAGCACUGAGGCCUGUCGCCAAAGCAGAGUUCCCUACCCCCGACCGGUUUAUCUCCCUGUUUGCAAGGACAUUUUCACGAUGGCGGAAGAUCUUGUCCUUGACAGGGCCAUAAGGGAUUGGGUCUUGAUCCCUCUCUCCGUUGUGAUGGUUUUGAUCGGCGUCCUCCGCUACUUUGUCUCCAAGCUUAUGCGAUCCUACCAGACCCCAGAUCGUAAAGUUGUGAAGGAAGGGCAAGUGGUUCUUAGAGCGAGGAAUUUGAGGGCUGCAGCUGGAUUUAUUCCCACUAAGUCUUUCUGGUCCCGAAGGGUGUAUUUCACCAAUGAGGAGAAUGGCUUGCUGCAUGUUCCAAAAGGGCAGGCUCAGAACCCACAAGCACAGAUGUUUUCAGACCCAAACAUGGCUAUGGAUAUGAUGAAAAAGAACAUUUCAAUGAUUGUUCCACAGACACUUACCUUUACAUGGGUGAACUUUUUCUUCUCUGGUUUUGUGGCAGCAAAAAUACCAUUUCCUUUAACCCAAAGAUUCAGGGGAAUGCUACAGAAUGGGAUUGACCUGAGCACUGUUGAUGUCAGCUAUGUCAGCAGUCGUUCUUGGUACUUUCUUAAUUUGUUUGGACUAAGGGGUUUAUUCACUCUUAUUCUCGGUGAAGAAAACGCCACGGAUGAUACACAGCGAAUGAUGCAAAUGAGUGGAUUUGGUUUUGAUCCAACAAGGCAACUUUUUGGGCAAUACACUUCGUUUCAUGUAUGAUUUUCGUACACUAAUGCUGCACAAUCUUUGACGGAAUGAUGAGAGUUUAAGUGCCGAGAAGGAUAGCCUGGACAUCAUUCAACAUGAGUGGUUUCUUGCCAAUAUGGAGAAACGUGCUGAAGAUGUCUUGAAGAAACUUCUCAAGUAGCCACAUCAACUUCCCCAUAAUAGUGUCAAGGCAGACAAAGCAUAUCACUUCCUCAUAUUGACCUAACAUCGAAAGAUAGAGUUAAGCCGAUUAUAAAAGACAUUUGAAAUUCUUGUCUAUGAAAUAAUCAUUCAUUUAUUAUGUGUUUUGGAGUGAAGGAAAGAAUAUUAACAAAAGAUAUAAUUCUUUAUUUGAAAAUUGAUACUCAGUGUGAUUUAUGUAACAAUGAAUUAAGAGAUGUUGAAUGAAUAUUAAUUGUCCAUGUUCACGUUGAAGAGUGAUAACAAAUGGAUGCAUAAAGAA